GCCGCGAGGGCGGGAGGGGGAAAGCGCGCGGUCCGCUGUGCCGCCGGCUCACGGUGGCGGUGCUGGCGGGGCCGACGAACGGACGGGUCGCUCUUUGGGCCAUCCAGCGCCGCGGAAGGAGCAACGCGCUGCUCGCGAGCUCUCCCCAGCCAUGUCCUACUGCAGGCAAGAAGCCCUACAGUCUUGGGAUGUGGCCCUCGGUAGAUGUGUAGAUGUUCUCACUGGUUUAGAACUGGACUGCAGCCAAUCAGAAGCUGUGUUUGGGUUUUCAAACGUUUUGGAAGUCGGAACAGACCUCCGGAAUGGAUUACGUUCGAAUUCCAAGGAAAGGACAAAAUUAUAUUUGUGACCAAAGAGGACCAUGAGACACCAAGCAAUGCUGAAUUGGUAGCAGAUGACCCCAAUGAUCCUUAUGAAGACCAUGGUUUGAUAUUGCCUAAUGGAGAUAUCAACUGGAAUUGCCCUUGCCUUGGCGGAAUGGCGAGUGGUCCUUGCGGGGAACAAUUCAAGUCCGCCUUUUCCUGUUUCCAUUAUAGCAAGGAAGAAAUAAAAGGAUCCGAUUGUGUGGACCAGUUUCGUGCAAUGCAGGAGUGCAUGCAGAAGUACCCAGAACUGUACCCGCAAGAAGAUGAUGAUGAUGAAGAUGAUGAAGAAAAGCAGGGCAAAGCUCUAGAAGCUGCUGCUGCUUCUGUAGCCAAAGAGGAAGAGAAGGGAUCCAGCUAAUGAAGCUCCCUGGAGGCUCUGGUCUCCUUUCCAACUUCAAAGACACACCUAACUUAUGCAAAGCAUCUUCUUUCCCUUCCCUUGCCUCCCUCUCUGCCCCUUUUCCCGAUCCUUCAAGGAACACACUUCACCUCUGUUCAGUGCACUGUAUUCUGUGAAAUUACUUGCUGCAAGGAAGUAAGACACCUUGGCCUCAUGGCCUCAAUAAUAAAUGCUGCAAAGAGGUCUGCAUAGCAGGGGGAACAACCCAUUCUCAGGCACUGCCGCUGCUUUAAUAGAUAUUUCCUUCUGCAGUCAUGUUAAGUUUGCAGGUUGACUUGAACAAGACUAGUAGAGAGGUGGAGCCAACACACAAUCUGGGGGGAAUCCAUUAGCAAAGAUCAGGGUUGAUUUUCAGUGAUUGUCUCAGAUAUUCCCAAUGCUUUUUUGGGGGGGGGGAGGCAUAAAACUCUUAAAAUUGAUUCAGAAACUUGUUGAGAAUGAAGUUUUCAUUUGCAGAGUUUAUAUGCUUUAAUAGCAUGUGAAAUUUGCAUACACUACUGAUCUCUGGUAAUGGAAAAUUAUUGUGUGUGUAAAGGGAGGGGAAUUGAUUUUUGCAUAAUUUUUUUAAAAAAACGUGUUGAUCAGGUCUUGAUUUAACUGAGUUGAUAGGGGAGAAUGCUAACUACUGUUUCUAAGUGUUCCUGAUCAACCCUGCUUUUGUGGGAUUCCUCUCUGUUUAAGCCUGUCACUUCUCCAGACAGGUUGCUAAAAUAGAUGCCCUUGACAAGAAAACCACAAUGUUACCUGGUGUAACAGCCUCUGACUAGAUAAUUGUGACUAGAGUGUACAUUAAAGGCAAAACCUUUCUACCUUGCAUUGAAGCCUUCAUGUCUUUUAUUAAUGCUGGCGAUUGAUUACUCAAUUCUUUUCCUGUUGCUGUUGUAGCCAAGCUACUGUAUCCUGGAAGAUGCACGCUAGCAGAACUACACUGUGUUACUUAGAUUUAUGGAUUUUUGUGCCUAGCAGGCAAGGUUACGCUCCAAGCAUAUCUUUAGCAAGCAAGUACUGUACAGUGUAUGCUGAAAUCAAGCCGAAUUAAAAGCUCAAAAAGAUUUUAAUAGAAUUGCUGUACCUUGGUGCUUGCUGGUACAGUAAGAACAUAAUAUCUGAACACUUGAUGAAUCUUCUGAAUCGGGCCAAGGGCCCAUCUAGACCAUCAUCCUGUCGUCAGAGGCGAACCAGAUGCCUAUGGAAGGCCUGAAAGCUGGACAGGAGUGCAACAGCACUCUCUGCAUUGACGAUUUCCAGCAAUUUGCAUUCAGACACAUAAUGCCUCUUGCCAGUGGACAUGGCUAAGCUGCCUAGUAGCCAAUGAUAACCUUGUCUUCCAAGGAUUUGUCUAAACCUCUUUCAAAGCUGUCCAAGUUGGUGUAUGUUUACAAUGGUGUUAAUGAGCUUCCAAGUGUUACCAAUUGUCACUUUAGCAGCAUAUUAUCCUCUGCGCAGACACCAGACUGUUAAAUGUGUUGCAAGUGGCUCUCGUUGCUGCCUCUUUCCAGGUCUUUUCUUAAGUGCCGCCUGAUAGAAAUCAUUCACUUUUCAUUUAACGAAGUGGAGUGGAAGUACCAGCUCUCUGUCAGCAGCUCACUCCUGGGAUGGAUAGCAGGCAUUUCGAAAGCGCAUUCUACUCUUUUUAAAGAGAAAAAAAGAGCAUGAAAAGGCCUCUCAGUCUGCAUACAGAGUAGGCAACAAAACAGGUGCCAAAAGUGCAGAAGUGAUAAAACCUUGGCGCCUAAGCCGUUGGCCCAAAGAGAUGGAGCCUCGAGUGAUCAGAUAAAAUAUGGGGCACUUGUUAAGAGUGGGGUUUACCUGAAUCUGUCAUUUCUGAAAAGGAAACUCAGCUGACUGGGUAUUAAGGGCAAACAAAUUGCCAGCCUUUGUAUUUCCACAUCUCCUUUCUCAUGACUUUUCUUUCUUUCUUUCUUUCUUUCUUUCUUUCUUUCUUUCUUUCUUUCUUUCUUUCUUUCUUUCUUUCUUUCUUUCUCAUUUUGAAAAUGAUUUAUUAUAUGUAACAGUGUUUACAGAAUCUGGGUAGUAUCGUGCCUUUUGCAAGAGCCUGGGAGAUGCUUCUUUGUGUGGUCAUCCCACAACAGUCCUGCUAGUCUUUGAACACCAUAGGACCCAAGGGCCACCAUAGGAAAUGGCUCUCUUGCUGCUCCUGUAAGGCCUCAAGGCAGCCACAGAUUUACAUAUGAAAAUAUUGUCCCCCAUUUUAGAACCUGUCUAGCAUGAGCAGGGAGGAGUGAGAAGGAACAGGAUUCUUCAGUAAUUUUAAAGUACAGUAUUUACCUUUCAGAACUUCAUUUUCAGCGUUUAGUAAGCAGCAGUAGUAUUUAUUUGGGUGGGGCAUGUGUAACCAACAGAGCAGUAGCUAACAUGUCCGGUCUAUGUGUUUUGUUCCCCGUUCUGUGCUGCGAGAACAGAAAUCGACAUAAUUCCAGUUCACAAGCACGUGAAACAAUAUGCAUAUUGCAGGUUUGCUUUUAUAAAGUGAAUAGAAGUCCAAAAAUGUGGUGCAUGGGCCUGUUGUGAAAUUGCCCAGUUUAGGGCAUUCCAUUAAGACCCCCAUUCCUCUCUGGUUCUUGCCUCUUAAAACAGGGACCACCAAGGUGGCAGCCUCCAGCUGUUGCUGGACUCCAGCUCCCAUCAGCCCCAUGCGGCAAAGCCAAUGGUCAAGGAUGGGAGUUGUAGUUCAAGAGCACCUGGAGGGGGCCCCCAUUGGCUAUCCGAGUUCCAGAACAGCCUUUCUCAACUAUGGGUCCCCAGAUGUUGUUGGA